UUACGGCUUGCACUCCACCUGACAGUCCCAAAUAUUUUGUAGAGUGGCGGGCUCAGAUCGAAAUGACUGGGAUGGCGUGUGUGCCCGUUGGGAGUUCAUCAGCCUUCAGUGGACGUCUGCGUCUGGCUGCCCUCUUGCCGCCGAUACGGGGUGGCCCACUGGCGACACGAAGCCGCCACCUCACCUACAAAGCGCGGCGCGGCGCUGGACCAGUGAGCAAGCGCCGCUGCUCUCUCCCCCCACCUCGCACCGCCGACCUUUCUCGUCGGGCCUCGGUGCGCCGCCGGUGCGCGCAUGCGAGAGCGGGGGACGGCGACCGAGCUCAGCUCCAGCUCGCCAUCCGGAGCGGACCCUGGCCGCAUCGCCCUUUGUCCGUCGCUGCUCCGCGGGCCUCUUCCAAAUUCCCUGGAGGAUCAGAGAUAAAGAUCAUCAGAUCAACUAUUCUGAAGAAACUUUUUAGAAACUGUAGGACAUGACAAGCUCAAAUACUUCUUGGGCGUGCCUUCUACUGCUAUGUUUUGCUUCGAUCGGAAAUGCAGAGUACAUGAAGUACAAGGAUCCAAAGCAACCUAUCAACACUAGAAUCAAGGAUCUUAUUGGUAGGAUGACCCUUGCUGAAAAAAUUGGCCAGAUGACACAGAUAGAACGGCAGGUUGCAUCUGCAGAUGUCAUGAAAAAAUACUUCAUAGGUAGCAUCUUAAGUGGUGGUGGAAGUGUUCCUGCUCCCCAGGCCAGUCCAUCGAUUUGGGUGAGCAUGGUAAAUGAAUUCCAGAAAGGUGCCUUGUCAACACGUCUUGGAAUUCCUAUGAUUUAUGGCAUUGAUGCUGUCCAUGGUAAUAACAAUGUCUACAAUGCCACCUUAUUCCCUCACAACGUCGGUCUUGGAGCUACAAGGGAUCCUGACCUCAUAAAAAGGAUUGGUGAAGCAACUGCUCUUGAAGUGCGGGCAACAGGCAUUCAAUAUACUUUUGCUCCAUGUAUUGCAGUUUGCAGAGAUCCAAGAUGGGGUAGAUGUUAUGAGAGUUACAGUGAAGAUCACACGGUUGUCCAGCAGAUGACAGAUAUCAUCCUUGGUUUACAGGGAGAGAUCCCAGUCAAUCAUACCAAAGGAGUUCCAUAUGUAGCUGGGAAGGAUAAAGUUGCUGCUUGUGCUAAACACUUUGUUGGUGAUGGUGGAACUCAUAAUGGAAUCAAUGAGAAUAACACUAUCAUUGAUGAACAUGGGCUGCUAAGCAUUCACAUGCCACCAUAUUAUGACUCUAUCAUAAAGGGUGUUGCAACUAUUAUGGUGUCAUACUCAAGCUUGAACGGUGUAAAAAUGCAUGCCAACCAUGAUCUAGUAACUGGCUAUCUGAAAUCCAAACUCCAUUUUAGAGGUUUUGUGAUAUCAGACUGGCUAGGAAUAGACCGCAUCACCUCACCUCCUGGUGAAAACUAUACUUAUUCUGUGCAAGCUGGAAUAAAUGCAGGGAUUGACAUGGUCAUGGUGCCAUACAAUUACACUGAUUACAUUGAUGAUCUAACAUCUCUUGUCCACAAGGGCAUCGUCAAUAUGAACAGAAUUGAUGAUGCUGUGAGGCGUAUCCUUCGAGUCAAAUUUACGAUGGGCCUGUUUGAGAACCCGUUAGCUGAUCUUAGCUUUGCAGAUCAGCUUGGAAAGAAGGAGCACAGGGAAUUAGCUAGAGAAGCUGUCAGGAAAUCACUUGUUCUUUUAAAAAAUGGGAAUCCUCCCAAUCAGCAAUUCUUACCUCUCCCAAAGAAAGCUAGAAGGAUCCUUGUAGCUGGGAGCCAUGCUAGCAAUUUGGGCUACCAAUGUGGAGGAUGGUCAAUUCAAUGGAUGGGGAGCAGCGGUGAUAUCACAACUGGGACGACGAUUCUUGAUGCCAUAAAGUCCACUGUUGCUGACUCAACGCCUGUUGUCUACUCUGAGAAUCCUGACGAGAGUUUCAUGAAGCAUAAUGACUUCUCAUUCGCUAUUGUUGUUGUUGGCGAGCCACCUUAUUCUGAAACAGUAGGCGACAGCACUGACCUCACUAUACUAGACCCUGGUCCAGACACGAUCAGAACUGUGUGUUCUGCAGUAAAAUGUGUGGUGGUUAUCGUCUCUGGCCGUCCCGUUGUGAUUGAACCAUAUGUUCCACUGAUGGAAGCUCUUGUUGCUGCUUGGCUUCCUGGAACCGAAGGUCAGGGUGUCGCCGAUGUACUUUUUGGGGACUAUGGGUUCACUGGAAAGCUCCCCCGUACCUGGUUCAAGUCCGUCGACCAGCUACCCAUGAACGUGGGAGAUCCGCACUAUGACCCACUCUACCCUUUCGGCUUUGGUUUGGCAAUAAAUUCAUCAUUGCCAGGGUUUUCUGGUGUUGACAGCCUGGGACAUGCGAAGCAAAGAGUGAUAUAUGUUGUGCUGGGUUCUCUACUGUCAUUGGUUCUGAUAAAUGAUUUGAGCACAGGCUUAUUCCAACACCCAGCUGCCCUUUUGUAGUCUUUGUAUGAUUAACCGUGUCUAGUGUUGUUGACAGUGUCGGUGAUUAUUUCUUAACUGCUUAACGAGAGGUUUUGCCUUGUUGGACGGUACCUCUGCUCUGCAAAAGCGUUGCUGACCAUCAAUCAAUCUAAUAUAUUUCCUGAAAUUAUCA